AUGCCCGCCAUGUCACCGACAAUGACUGAGGGUAGCAUAGCCAAAUGGAAAGUUAAAGAGGGUGAUAGCUUCUCGACCGGUGAUGUUUUGCUCGAAAUCGAGACAGACAAAGCGCAAAUGGACGUGGAAGCUCAAGACGACGGUAAAAUGGCCAAGAUUACGCAGAAUGCCGGAGGAGAUAAAAUAGGAGUUGGCGCUCGCAUAGCAAUAAUAGCAGAAGCAGAGGAUGAUCUCUCCUCCCUAGAGCUACCCUCAGAACAACCCUCCCAAACAAUUCCCUCUGCAGACGAUACCACUUCUUCCAGUGCAUCGAAAGAUAUCGGGGCCUCUGGAGCAGCCAAAAAUAGCAACUCAUCAUCCGAUAAAAGUUCAGACGUUAAGAGACCUCCGCCAUCACCCUCACAGCCUCGCAAGCAGACCUACCCGCUCUAUCCUUCUAUUGUCCAGCUUCUUCACGAAAACGGCCUGGUUUCUUCUGAAGCCGACAAGAUACCUGCUUCAGGUCCUAAGGGCCGACUCUUGAAGGGCGAUGUCUUAGCUUAUCUUGGCCAGAUAAGCUCGUCUUAUCCCUCAGAGCAAUCAACGAGAAUAGGCAAGCUCGGGCAUCUAGAUCUGAGCAAUGUAAGAGCGGUACCUCCUAAGGAAGAAUCAUCGGUACAAAAAACUCCCCCGAGACCAGAAUUAGUCAUUCCUGAAGCAGAGCCCGAAUUGGAUACAGAGGUUGCUGUGCCAAUAUCUCUCUCCUCCGUUUUGUUGGUCCAAAAGCGUAUUUCAGACGUUCUGGGCGUAAGAUUACCGAUAUCGACAUUUGUUGCCCGUGCUACGGAAUUGGCAAAUGAUGAGUUGCCACAGAGAGCUGGGAGAAAACCCUCAACCGACGAACUUUUCAACGAUGUGCUUGGCUUGAGCAGUCCAAGUAUAUCAAGAACCAGUAGGGGGAGUUUCAUACCCCAAAUGACCGCCUUGCCGCCGAGCUCCUUAAGUGAGCCCACUACAUUGCCUCAGUCUCAGCCUGAUGUGUAUGACAUGUUGACUGGUGGGACACCAGCCGCCAGGAAGAGAUCACAGGCAUUACCCAAUUUAGGUAUUUAUAACUCAAAAGUUGAAGAUACAACCAAUAUGUUCAGCGUGACUGCAGCGAAGGGCAACCAUACGGGUUACAAGCAAUUCAAAGGCACCAAAGCUUCCGCGGAGGAGAUUUCAGACCUGUACGCUGGGCUCAAGCAGAGCUACUUGACAGAUUUUGAUGUCUUGCUAUCUGGCUACGCGCCCAGCGCAGAGGCAGUGGAGGCGAUUGGAUCCAUAGCAAGGGAUCAAAAGCUCAGGGCCACGACGAAGCCUGGCUCAUUUUUCUGGGUCUUGGAUCCUGUCAUGGGCGAUGAAGGUCGGCUUUAUGUCAACGAAAAUGUUGUUCCAGUCUACAAAAAGCUGUUGACCGCCGCCGAUCUGAUUCUUCCCAAUCAGUUCGAGCUUGAACUACUCUCCGAAGUGAAGGUCAAUUCUCUCACGUCACUCAAGGAAGCUAUCGCCAAGCUGCACAAAGCAUAUCGAGUCCCACAUAUCAUCGUUACGUCUAUCCGCAAUGCUGAGUCCCCUUCUGUCAUAAGUAUUGUCGGCUCUACAGCGCGCUCCGACCUUUCUCCACGCAUAUUCAAGAUCGAUGUCCCGGAAAUUGAUUGCUUUUUCAGCGGCACGGGUGACAUGUUUGCUGCUCUGAUUAUAGUACGACUACGCGAAGCCAUUACGCAUUCUGGUCUAGGUGGACAGAAGAGUUGGGUAUCCCUUGACGACGUACAAGCCGAGGUACUACCUCUUGCAAAGGCUGCGGAGAAGGUACUAGGUAGUAUGCAAGCUGUAUUGGAGAAGACUAAGCAAGCUCGAGACAAAGACCUUGAGCAAAUGAGCGGGCCACUGGGAGUUAUGGAAAAGGAAAAGGACAGCGAGAAGCGCCAGGGAUUGAGAAAGACUAAAGCCGCAGAAGUACGGGUCGUGCGCUGUCUAUCGGACUUGAGAGAACCUCAACUUACAUUCGAGGCUCACUCAGUUGAAGAGAUCAAUGAAAAUGACGGGCACUGUUGA